AUGCCGCUGAAAUGCCCGCGCGACGAAAUGCCCGAAAUCGACAUGAUUACCCAGAUCGACGAUGUAUUUGCUGGGGGAAUCGAACACAUCACCGCACUUCUCCACGCUCUGAGGCUCUUCUCUCCAGAGGAAGGACAACAGAGCGGAAUCAAUCCAGCAGAACGGAUUCAAGCUCAGGAGGCUGCGGGAAAGAAAGCAGACGACUUCCUCACGAGCGCCAAGGACCAGCGGAUCGUGCUCCUCCGAGCUCUUCGACAGCGUCUGAAGAGGCUCAAUGAUGAGUAUGACCGCAUGGACCGGGCGAAUGCGGAGUGGUAUGAGCGUGAGGGGGAGAGCCAGGCGAUGAUGCAGAGCGUGGAGGCGGAGAACUCUCGAUUGAAGCGGGAGAUGGGUGAGGUCAAGAAGAAGAGGGGGUUUGUUGAGGAGGAGAAGCAGGACCGGGAACGGAGUGGGGAUGCCGAUGUUGAGAACAAGAACGAGCAUCUCCGGCAGAAGUUGACUGCUACGGAACGUCGAGUGGGUGAGUUGGAGGGGGAAAUGUCUGGACUCGUCGAGGAUCGAGAGCGGAUUGUUCGAGAGCUGCAGGAUAGCAGGAAGGCGGAAGGACAGCUCCGCGACUUGCACAAGGCUAAACUCGAGAGGCAUCAGACAGAGAUCCGGAACCUCUGGGACGUGGAAAUCGAGCCGCGAAAGAUGGAACUGGUCAACCUCCGAGAGGAGCUGGACGGAGCCAAAGCAGAGAACCGUCGGCUUCAGCAGGACGUGCAGGAUGCGAAGCAGCUCGCUCGAUCUCAGGACGAAGAGAAUGCCCGUCUGAGAAGCCGAAUUUCGGAGCUCACCACUCACGCGGCGGCAUGCUCGUUCGAGGCAUCGCGGAGACAAUUGGAAUGGACUACAUCCCAGGGACAGAUGGAGCGCCAGCUAUCCGACUUGAAGCAACAGCUGCAAGAGGAGAAGAACUGCGUGCACAAGCUUCGGGAUCAGGUCUCGGUGUUAGAGGGCACGAUUGAUAGCGCCUCGACUGAGCAUUCGCGCCAGGAGAAGGAUUGGCUCUCGGUCAAGACCAGACUCGACGGGGACAUUUCUGGAUUGACGCAACACAACGUCCAAUUGGCGGCAGAGUUGUCGGCGGAAAUGGAGCGUAGGCUCUCGGUCAAGACCAGACUCGAAGGAGCAAUUUCUGGAUUGAAUCAACACGGCGUUCAAUUGGCCGCAGAGAAGAAGGACUGGCUCGAGAUCAAGUCCACGCUCGAGGGAGAAGUGUCUGGAUUGAGUCAACACAGCGUUCAAUUGGCGGCAGAGAAGAAGGACUGGCUCUCGGUCAAGGCCAAACUCGAGGCAGGAAUUUCUGGACUGACGCAAGGCAACAGUCAGUUGGCGGCAGAGGUGGUCGAUCUCAGAAAGACGAUUGCCAGUGCCCAGAAAGAGAAAGAUAGCGUGGAGCGUCGGCGAUGUCGAGAGGCCGAAGAUAGGGCUGGAAUUCUGAAAGACUUGCAGACAGAAAAGGAGAAAAGCAUCUCCGCUGGCGCCGAAGCUGGAAAGCAAGUCCAUGCCCUGGAGAUGCAGCUUGCUCAAAAGGUCAAGGAGACCGACUCUGAAGUCUCGUCCAUACGACACAUGCUCGCCGAAUAUGAGCAGAAUACCCAGAACGAGAGGCGCCGAGUCUCCUCUCUACGAGACAAGCUCGCCAAAUGUGAGCAGGAUGCCCAGGAAAAGGUGCGUAGGUUGAGAUCUAACAAGGCCGCGCUGGAGGCUAAUCUCGAAGCUCAGAAAGUCCGGGAAGAAGUACAGCAGCAGCAAGGAACACUGCUGGAGGCAGAAUUGGACAAGCAGAAAACCAAGGCGAGCACGCUCGAUGGUCAGGUCGCUUUGUUGAAAGGUCGUACCCAGGAGCUCAAGCAAGACAACCUGACCGCGGCUCGACAGUUGGAAGCUUCAUCGGCAUCCGAACGAAAUCUUCGGGACCAAAUCCGCCAGCUCAAGGCCAAUCGAAUCCAUGGCGAGGCGGAUAUGCAAGAUCUCCGCGAGAAACUGCAUCGGGCUCAAGCAGCAGAAGGAGUCGUUCGAGUCCAGCUCCAGAAGCUUGUAGCUGAGAGAGAUGAUCAUGAGGAAGGGCUUAGGGCGCUCCGCAAUGACAUAAACUUCCUCGAGAUUGAGAAGUGCGAUAUGGCGGCAGUGAAGGAAAGCCUGCGCGAGGAACUUGCUGCAUGCCAAGCAGAUCUUGAGAACGUUAGGCGCGAGGUUAAUCAGACCCCUAGGAGGGGAAGACGAAGCGGGGAGACAGCUCGUCGGUAUGAGGACACUCGAGGUGAGGAGAACGUGGAGAUGAGACCAAGCAGUGAGCGCGGCAUUCCGGAUACAGGCCGGACUCGUCGAAGGAGGUUGGUACCUCUUAAUGAAGAAACACUGCGGAAGAUGGGUCGACAAUGA